GGCUGUGCGUGUUUAGGUUCAGAGAAGGAAUGUUUGAAGAUUUAAACAUCAUCAGACUUGUUCUGAGUCUCGCCGUCGGUGCUGCUCUGCUGGAUUCACACGCUCUGGUCUUUGUUGCUCCACCUUACUGAAAAUGCGUUCCUGUUCCUUUAAGGAAUUCACGGCUGUGACGUUGCUUAUAUUCCAUAUUCAGAGAAAGUCCAGCGGCGGAGUGUGGAAUCUCCUCCUGUGAGUGCACUUCUCCUCUGUGGUGCUGAGCAAGAAGCAGACCUGGUUUUAAAGCGCCAAAGGGGAGAAUCUGGUUAGACUCUCAUUAACCGAAUACUGUAAAUCCCCCCCCCUCACAGAACGUUUUCCUUCAUCAUGAGCACAGAAAAGCAUCCUGAAUUCACAUCCUCAGAGGCAGACGGGAUGGAUGUUGCAGAUGUGAAGUCGCAGGAGGAGGAAGAAGAGAAGGAGGACAGCUCAUUUAGUGAAAAUGGAAUUCAGUCCGCUGAAGGUGUCGCAGAUCCACGUGUGAUAAAGUCCGAGGCUGAGGAGAUGGAAGAUAACGAGCAGCUUCUCAAGGCUGAAAAAGACCAAGAGAUUGUGCCUAAAGAGGAAGCAGAGGGAGGCAGUGAGGACGGGAUGGAGGAAGGUUUUGAUGGGGAGAGGACAGAGGAAGAGAAUGAUGAGGAGAGGGACAUGGAAGGGGAUGAAGAGGGAGAUGGCCUGAGUGAGCCGCAGGACCUGUCGCUGGUGGACUACUCGCGUUACAACAGCGCGGCCCUCCCCGACGCCAGCGCAGCGGCGUCUGCCGCCAACGCGGAAGGCGCUUACGCACCUGGAGCCGGGCCGCCUCGCAUCCAACCGACAGGCAAGCUCAGCUGUGACAUCUGCGGCUUGUCCUGCAUCAGCAUUAACGUACUGCUGGUGCACAAGCGCAGCCACACGGGCGAGAGGCCAUUCCACUGCACUCAGUGUGGGGCCUCCUUCACCCAGAAGGGAAACCUGCUUCGCCACAUCAAACUGCACUCCGGGGAGAAGCCUUUCAAAUGCCCGAUGUGCAGCUACGCCUGCCGGCGACGUGACGCUCUGAGCGGGCACCUGCGCACCCACUCUGUAGAGAAGCCCUUCAAGUGCAACCAUUGCAGUCGCAGCUACAAGCAGCGCAGCUCGCUGGAGGAGCACCGAGAGAGGUGCCAUGUGUACAUUCAGAGCAAAGGUCCCGCCGAGAGAGAGGACAGUCACACAUCCAGGACUCAGAUGGGUACUGAGCGUGCGCUGCUGCUCGACAGGCUCGCCAGCAACGUAGCCAAGCGGAAGAGUUCAAUGCCACAGAAGUUUACAGGCGACAACGGCGUGUGCCUGGACCUGAGCUUUAACAGGGAUCUGGUCCACCGAACUGAUGUCAAGGAUCCUCCGUCGGACUCCCCGGGGCCAGACGCCCAUCACCAGCAACAACCGAUCCACCCAGGCCCCAAUGGUGACCAACCGCCUUCCCACAGGCCCUACCCCAUCUCGUUAGCCCGUGGCGACAUCACUCCCAUGGGCCUCACCAAUGGCCACAAGAUGGCCAUGCCGCUCCUGGGAAUCCCUCACGCCUCCCAGCCUCCCCUUGGCAUGGACUCUUACCACAAUGACAACACCCAGAUAUCCCAGCCUGUCAUGUACAGCUUAGGCCACCUGCUUGGGGGGCUGAAUUCCCAGAACGGCAUGCCUCACCCACACGCCCAGCCCAUCCCCCUGUCGCCUCUUGAGGCUUUGCGAGUGAUGCGAGCUGACGGGGAGACCGUGCCCGGGGCCGUGUACCCCUGUGGCCACUGCAGGGUGAUCUUCCUGGACUAUGUCAUGUUCACCAUCCACAUGGGGUGCCACGGCUUCCGCGAUCCGCUCGAGUGUAACGUGUGUGGCCACCGCAGUCGGGACCGUUACGAGUUUUCUUCCCACAUAGCCCGUGGCGAGCACCGCCUAGAGUUGAAGUAGACUGCAGGCACAACACCAGCACUGCAUGAGAAAAACAGCAGAUUAACUCAUAUAAGUAGUGUCAGAAAUGAAUUCAUGAAGUAGCUAUCACUUUCUGCCUGUGUGUGUGUGUGUGUGUGUGUGUGUGUGUGUGUGUGUGUGUGUGUGUGUGUGUGUGGGUGUGUGUGUGUGGGUGUGCGUGUUGGAGAGGGAGACGUUAUACGAGUGUAACGGGUUUCAGGGUGUUUUUAGUCAUACUGUAGUCAUCUGAAAAGAUGGCCUGUAAAAUGUUAAUGCAGGAGCACUUCUACCUCCUUUUUCAUGCAUAUAUUUGUACUUAAUGGUCCCUGCUGUAGCCGCUGUGUAUAUCCUAAUCCUCAGUUCCAUAUGUUAAUUCAAAUGUUCCAAAAAUAUGAGCACUUAUUACAUUUAUUGUGUAAAUGCUUUUGUUUUUUAUCAGUGUAAAGAUGUAAGUAAUAAAAGACAGCUCUUCCUUCGUCACACACAA